CAAAUGUAAUGUAACUACACAAUGAUGGCCAUGUUGCCCCCAGACAAACCUAGCAUAACCUAUAAUGAAACAAUCCCCACUCAGUUUAUGUGGAGUAAUAAACCACAGGACUGUGACGACACACAAAUGCAAGUCAAAUGCACCAGAGAUUCUUGGAGUCGUACUUUUGCUUUAGAUCAGAAUGUGUCAUUUUUACCCGGCAAAACAUAUAAAUGCACAGGAGAAUACUCUUAUGAGGAUAAAACCAUCAAGAGUAAAGAGAUUCCAGUUAACAUAACAUGUGAUUGGCAAAAGAAUACAGACCACCUAUUUCAGCGAAUUGAAAGCAGUUCCUUUGUCAUGUCAUGGAAAUCACUGAAUGAUAAGAACUGUCCAGGGAUUGAACUGUACAAUUAUGAAGCCAUGUGCACUGGUAGACAUGUACAUAGGAAAAACUGUACACAAACCAAGAACAGUGGCAUAGAAUGCAGUUUUGACGAUUUGGAACCAUAUACUAAUUAUACAUGUGUAAUUAGAGCCAAAGUCAACACCAGUAUCACCAGCGACCAAAGUGACACCGGUCACUACACAAUCACUACUGGAAAGAAACAAACUAAUCGGUCCGUGACACCUGUAUCCAGUAUCUGCGUAAAGCCCACCUGAAUUGGACAUCAGACUAUUUGCUCUCCUCUAACCUGCUUGGGCGUUGAACGAAGGGCAACUUUAAUCUUUUUUUGGAUGGUUUAUUUGCACAUUUGAUCACAUGUUGAUCAUUUAAGAUACACAUUAAGUUUACAGUAUGCUUAUUGCUUUUUUAAAAGUCUUCUUUUAUUCGCUGUUCUUUGCAUAAAAUCAUUCUACAUAAUGUAAAGAACAUUGGGCGAAAAAAAAUCUUGAUUUUCUAUUGACUGUCUGUCUAUUGACAGAGUAAAAUUGAAAUCAAACUUUGAUAUAUUUAGCCUGGUUUUCACAUGUUUGUCUAAAAGUUUGAAGUAUGUACAUUUUUGCGUUAUUGUACAGAAUAAAAUUAGCUAUUUUAAAUUCCUUUUGACCAACCUUUACAGUAGUAGUAGUUUUUUUCAAUAUUCCAGCUACUCCUCGAUAUGAUGAAAGUGAAUGAGGCUGUCAUGUGCUAAAAUGAACACACACCAAAUAUUUGACUUGUGAUUCUGAAUUUUGGUAUUACCGUGGAAUAUUUGUUAUAACAUUGCAAAUGUCAAGGCACUGAACUGUCAGGAUUUUGCUACCGGUUUAGUUCGUAUAGAACUGACAUUAAACAUUUGCUGUUAUUAUCAGCUGUUUGUGUUUAGUUUCAUGUACUAGUGUGAUUGACUGUAAAAUGCAAAGGGAAUACAGUACAUACAUUGGGAUUUUUGACAGGCAUCCAAUGCCUAAUUCUUAGUUGGUUAGUUAACAAAAAUGUUUAAAUAAACUAUAUAAAUAAA